AUGUCAAUUCCUCCUUUACCUUUUAAAGUUAAGACCAAAGUAUCUUGGGCAGGUGAAGAAGAAGGAGAUUUAGGUUUUAUUGAAAAUGAAGUAAUAGAAGUUUAUUCUAUUGUUGAUGAUAGUUGGUGGAGUGGUAAACUCCGAAGAAAUAAAGCUGAAGGGAUCUUUCCUAAAGAUUAUGUUAAGAUUAUCGAACAACCAAUGAAUAGUUCAAUGAAUGGAUCUAUGAAUGCCUCCCAAAUGUCACAAAAUCAUUCACCAAUGCAUUCAUCACAUCAAAAUAGAGAUAAUCAUAGGGAUAGUCAUAGAGAUAGUCAUAGAGAUAGUCAUAGAGAUCAUAGGGAUAGUCACAGAGAGAGCCAUAGAGAUUCUAUGCAUUAUAAUUCUAAUCCUAAUACUCCAACCCAAACUCCUAAGAAAUAUCAACUGCCUACUUCUAAAAAAUAUGGAUAUGAAAAAUAUGACUAUGAUGAAUUCAGUUUUGACAAUAGUUAUGAAAAUUUAAGUAAAUCUGUUGAUCCUUAUAGAAAGAAAAAACAUAGUAAUCAAGAUUAUAAUUCUUCUAAACAAAGAGAAAUUGAAAGAUUUAAAAUGUUACAACAACAACAAAAUUAUCAUAUCAAGAAAGCUGUAGAAUUAGAUCAAAGGAAAAGAAUGCUGACCCAAGAUAUGAGAAACAUCAUGCCUGAAUCACCAAGUUCAAAGAAAUAUACCAAGAUUAGACCCCAGUCUCAAUAUUUUGAAGAUAAUAGGCAAUCUUCCACUCCAAAUUUGAAGAAUCAAGAAUACCAACAAAGAACACCCACCCAUUCACCUACAUAUUCACCUUAUGGAAUGUUCCCCAAUAAUACCGUGGAGACGCUUUCACCAGAAUCACCUUCCAGGAAGAAGUAUUAUCAAGAAGAUGAAAUAGAAUUGAAGAAAAAACAGUUGGAAUUGGAAAUCUUACAAUUAGAAGAAUUACAAAGAUCACAAAGAAAGCCAAGAUCAAAUCAACAAACUCCAGUUGAAAGUCCUAUUCAAUAUAGAUAUAAAGAAGAAGAUUCUUAUGUAAGUGAAGUAUCAUCAAAAAGGACCAAUGAAUUAAGUAAUAAGAUGUCUAAAUUUGCUACUGAUGAAGAGUUGAAUAUUUAUGAAGAUGAUCAUAGACAAAAUGAUUCUUCUCCACCUCCACCUCCACCAAAACAUCAUAGUCCAUCUAAAUAUAUGGACGAUAAUUAUAAUCAAAAAAUUCCUUAUGAUGCUGAUGAUUUCAGAUUUUCAGGUAAUAAAGUUAUCUUAACCGAGGAAGAAUUCAUGAGAUUAUCCCAAUUACAACAACAAGAAUUAAGAAAUUCCAUUAAAUCUUUACAAAGUGAUGUUUUGAACUUAUCAGAGUUAAGUGCUACAAGUGCUGGAUCUUUCCUCAGACAUAAAUAUGAAAAAGAAUUCCAAGAUGUUGAUUAUAGAAUGAAAGGAGUUAAUCUCAAUGAAUCAACUACUUUCAAUGGAGAAUUAGCUGAUGAUAAAGCUAAUGUUAUGGAUUCUAUAUUUCAAGAUAAGAAAUCUAAACAUCCUAAUAUUUUCAAGAAAUUCAUGAAGAAAAAGGAAGAUUUAAAUCCUUUGGAACAAAAGUUACAACAAGAAGAUGAAAUGGGUUGGGCAGAAUUCAAAUCUGAAAUGAAUAGAAUGAAUUCUUUAACUUCAAGUGACAAACAAUUGAGAACCAAGAGAGUUGUUAGAGAAGAAAGUCAUGUUGUGGUUAAACCAUUUGAUUAUGUUUCAGAUAUCAAUACCAAUGAAACUAUUGGUGAUGUAGAUGAUUUCCAAUUACCUUCAAAUUUCGAAAAAAUUGAUAAGUUUGCUGAAAGAUAUGAUUUAAAUUCUGAUUUGAAUGAAUUAAUCAGUGAUAUUGGAGUCAAAUUCAAUAAUUCACCUAUUUAUCAAAUCAGAAGUGUUUUAAUUCAUUUCUUAAAAUUCAAAAUCAUUGAAGAAAAUGGUAAAAUCCAACAAAUUAAACCUAAAUUAGCAGAAAUGUUACAAAGUGGUGAAGGAUCUAUUUAUCAAAUCAAUUAUCUUUUCAAGAAAGUUUUGGAUGCUUUAAGAGUUCCCUGUGAAAUGGUGUUGGGAUUCUGGAAGAAACCUAAUGAAUUUUAUCAUAAUGAGCAAUAUAUCAUCAAUCAUUGUUGGUUAUCAGUUUUAGUUAACAAUCAAUUCUUGAUUGUAGAUAUUUAUAAUUACAAAAAUGGUGAUAGUUGUAAUCUUGCUCAUUACAACGAGUUCUAUUUCUUAACUAAACCUUUACAGUUGAUAUCAACCCAUUUACCUUCCAUAAUUGACUUACAACACGUGAUUCCUCCAAUAGAUCCAAAUAUUGCUUUCUAUUUACCAAGAUUAUAUUCGGGAUAUCAUAAUAAUGGAUUAAAUUUCUGUAAUUUUAAUAAUGCUUUAACCAGAUUACAUGAUUUCGAAAUCUUCGAACUUGAUUUGGUUGUUCCUUCAGAUAUUGAAUUAUUUGCCUUGAUGAAAACUAGUAAAAUCACAAGUAAUGAAUUCUGUCUUUGUCAAAUCUAUUGGAAGAAUAAUACUAGAUAUGCCAAAAUUAAAGCCAUAUUACCUGAAAAUGAAAACAUUGGGGUGUUACAAAUCUUUUCAGGUAAGAAAGGUUUACAAAAGUAUUUCAAUAACAUUCAUGAAUUAUCUAUUGUUAUACCAAUUUAUCAUAAUGGUGAGAAUAAACCUGGUAAAUUUGUUCCUAGGUUUCCAACCAUCCAAUCUCAAAUGAAUGACUUAUAUGUCAAAUCUCCUCAAACCAGUAAAAUUGUGGUUAAAAAUUCUUAUAACUUUGUUGUAUCCCAAUAUCCUUCAACCGGUGUUACCAGUAAUAUUUUACCUGACUUUAAGGUGGUCAUUGAAAGUCCUAGUGGUAAAUAUUUCAAGUUGAUCAAUGAUGAACCAAAGCCAUAUGGAGAUUAUGAAAGCUUGAUCAAAUGUACAGAAUUGGGAACUUAUAGAGGUUUGGUUAUUGGUGAUAGUGGCAAUAGUUGGUACGUAUUUGCCCAAUGGGAAUGUGUAUCUGGAGUAGUUAAUAAUUAA